UCCCCCAAAUGUCAGGACAGUACAGAUAUCCCCCAAAUGUCAGGAUAGUACAGAUAUCCCCCCAAAUGUCAGGACAGUACAGAUAUCCCCCAAAUGUCAGACGGUACAGAUAUCCCCCAAAUGUCAGAACGGUACAGAUAUCCCCCAAAUGUCAGGACGGUACAGAUAUCCCCCCCAAAUGUCAGGACAGGACAGAUAUCCCCCAAAUGUCAGGACAGGACAGUUUUUGCAAAGUAGACAAUCUGACAUACGCAUUUCAUAAGAGGCAUGACAAGUUUUUUUUAAGUAAUUUUUUUGUCAUA